CUUUUCAGCCCCUGCUAGACUCAAACUGGUACUUCGUUGUGUUUGGGGCUGCUUGGCCCAUUGAGUCAGUGGCAGCCGCUGCUCCAAUUCAAUUAUGCACUGGAGCGCCGCCAUCGUUAUAACCGACGUCAGAGCGGAACGGCAAUCUCCUUUCCGCGAGUCCAGAAAGAAAGGGGGAGUGGGGGCAUGCUGAGAGGGUUUCCUCUUCUUCUGCGGCCUCCCGUUUCCGCGCCAGAGCGCUGGAAGCUCGGGAUGGGGAUCCAGAUCCGAGUCUAUAAAAAAUUAUUUUGCUGCACUUUUCAUACACAGUUAAUACAUUUGAGGCUGUGAGGCUUUAUUAAACACUUAUUUCUUUUGUGGUGCUGAAUCUAUGCAAAACACCACAAUGCUGACUCUGUGGUUCACCAGUGGAGGCCUUGUACUGACUCCAAGGACUGGAUCAAACAACCCUCAUGGAUCAUCAGGGAGGAUUUGCAAGAGCAAGAUGAGUGGAAUGCCGAAGCCUCCUUGUCCGAAGUUUAUUUCUUUGGAAGAUGGAGAAUUUACAACAAAAAAGUUUAUGUGAAGAGUUCCUAUUUUCCACACUCUCCAUCUUCUUGUCUCAAGUGGAAAGCUCGUUCACAAGCUAUUUUGAUGGAAUUUAAGAACCUUAGUGCUGACUUCCUCUGCAUACAGGAGUUAGAUGAAUAUAACAGCUUUUACAAAAGCAACAUGGAGAGCCUUGGAUAUUCAAGUCUUUACAUUCAAAGAACUGGGCAAAAAAGAGAUGGGUGUGGGAUUUUUUACAGGUCUAGCAGUGCGGAAUUGAUCCUAAUGGAAGAAAUACAUUACAAUGAUCUUGUGAACGGUAUUGAUUAUGAGAAUGUUUCAACUGAAAUUGAAAGCAAUAACACACUUGAUGUUGAUAGAAGAGAGGAAGCAUCUGGAAAAGAUUCUACAAAAGCGAACAGUCAUGGUGAUCAAGGAGAUCCUAAUGAUCCAUGUGUCAGAUUGAAACGUGAUUGUGUUGGCUUAUUGAUGGCUUUUAAGCUUAGAGAUCCUUCUAAUCAUUUGAUUGUUGUGGCAAAUACACACAUUUACUGGGAUCCAAAUUGGGCUGAUGUAAAGCUUGCGCAAGUAAAAUAUCUUCGAAGACGAGUUUCACAAUUCAAAGAAAUUGUUUCAAACAAAUUUUGCUCUACACCUUCAGUUAUUAUAGCUGGUGAUUUCAAUUCUACUCCUGGAGAUGAGGUCUACCAAUACCUUGUAUCGGCAAAUUCUGAUUCGGAAGCACCAGCAAUCCAAUUAUGCAGUCUCUAUGCAACAAAUGGAGGAGAACCGCCAUUCACAAACUGCACUCCUGAUUUCACUGGAACACUUGAUUACAUAUUCUUGUCAGAUCCUGGCUACCUGAAACCAGUUAGUUUACUUGAAGUUCCAGGGCCACAAUCAGCUGAUAUUAUUGGGGGGCUACCUAACCACUAUCACCCCAGUGACCAUUUACCAAUUGGUGCUGAUUUUGUGGUUCUUGGAUCUUCAAACUCUUUGAUAAUUCCCGAACUGCAGGAUGUUGAAGACAGACUUUCUAAGUUUGAAAUUGGGGAACAGAUGAAAGUCCAAAAUAAUUGAUAACAUGCUCCUUAAAAUAAGUUUUAUUUCAUCAUUCAUGCAAGUGAAAAAAAUUACUUUCCAUAAUGGAUGCCAUCAACUCAUCUUGAUUGGGGUGAGUCACAUUGGUGGAAUUCUUUGGCAAAAGCCAGAACCAUUUGUGGACACAAUCUCGUGGGACAGAUUCUCUUUCACAAUGGCAUUAUCCUUUGGGGGGCUGAGGUUUUUCUUGAAAAUAUGAUAUUUUAAGGAAGCUUGAGAAUAUGCUUAAAAUAGCUAUUUUAUUCUUUGUUGUUUCUGUUAGUCUCUCUUUUGGGCAGGAGCAGUGGAUGGACUGGCUAUAUGCCUGUUUAGAUGAAAGAUUUUAAGAGCAAUGGGCAUCCAAUACCAUGUUGCCUUAUUAAUGCCAACCUCUUCUAACUGCAAAUAUGUGCAUCUCUGGAUUAUGAAUGAAUGCCUGAAGGCCCGGGAUUAAGAAAGCUCAUCAUGCAGUGGAUAUAUUAAGUACUACAGAAGGCAAUGGUGCAACUUAGCCGAGUGGUACACUCUCCUGGGUCUAGCUAAGUUGCCAUUUGGUGACAAAGUUUUGCCUUUUUUCUUUCCUUUAAUUCUUUUGUGUGACUGGGCAUGCAAAGAUGAUGUUAAUGCAUGUGAAAGAUUUGCUUUUGGAGGUCUCUCAGAACCCCCUUUAUCUUGAAUGUGACAUCAUACAAAGACUUACAGACUGUUUUUAUGAGAUAUAUAUGUUUCUGGCAUUU